AUGGCGGGCAAGCACAUUGGCCCGUGGAGAACCGAGGCGCAAGGCCAUCUCACUCGCGACGCCAACGGUGACUUUCAAACCGACUACUCGCGCUGGCGAUUGCGCGAUGAUCGCGGUCGCCAAACCUGGCAUUAUCUGGAAUCCGACGAGGAGAAUGAACAAUGGCCACAGUCCGUUGCCGAUAAAUACUUUCUCGGCCUCCCAACGGGAUUGCCCGAGCUGCCGGCUCCCAAGACACCGCUGCAGUGCGCCGAAAAUGGCCUGGAGUUCUUCUCCAAGCUGCAGCUGGAGCCGGGCAAUUGGGCGUGCGAGUACGGUGGGCCUAUGUUCUUGCUCCCCGUGGCGAUCAUCACGUACUAUGUGACCAAUACGCCGAUUCCUCCGGAGUAUGCGACGGAGAUCAAACGGUAUCUCUUUGCGCGUCAACAUCCCGAGGAUGGCGGUUGGGGUCUGCACAUUGAAGCCCAUAGCUCCGUCUUUGGCACGUGUAUGAACUAUGUCACGCUCCGUUUGAUCGGGGUCAGUGAGGAUGAUCCUCGCAUGGUGAAGGCCCGUGGUCUGCUCCACAAGUUCGGCGGUGCCAUCUACGGGCCUCAUUGGGCCAAGUUCUCUCUCGCGGUUCUGGGAGUGAUGGAUUGGGAGUGUGUCAACCCGGUUCCUCCGGAGAUUUGGUACGUGCUGCUUCCGGACUGGGUGCCAUUCGCUCCGUGGCGGUGGUGGAUCCAUAUCCGACAGGUUUUCCUGCCCAUGGGGUAUCUGUGGUCCAAGAAGUUCUCGCAUCCGUUGGAUUCUCUGACCAAGCAGCUGCGGCAAGAGCUGUACACCCAGCCUUAUGACUCGAUUGAUUUUGCCGCGCAUCGCAAUUCGAUUCACGAGGCGGAUAAUUACUACCCCAAGACCUGGCUUCUAAACUCGUUGAAUUCUCUGCUGGUCAAUGUCUGGAACCCCUACCUUCGGCUCCCGGCCAUCGUACGUCGGGCGGAGGAGUGGACGUGGGAGCUGAUUCGCAUGGAGGACGAGAACACCGACUACGCUGGACUGGGUCCCGUGAGCAACCCGUUCAACAUGAUUGCCUGCUACGAACAUGAUGGGCCGGAUAGCUACUCAGUCCGUCGCCAUCGAGAGCGUCUGCACGACUACAUGUGGGUCAAGGACGAGGGCAUGCUGAUGAACGGAACCAACGGGGUCCAGGUGUGGGAUACCGCUUUUAUUACCCAAUCCAUCGUGGUGGCCGGGCUCGCCGAUGACCCGAAGUGGCGACCGAUGCUCACCAAGGCCUUGGAGUUCCUGGAGGACCAUCAGCUCCGCGAGAAUGUGCCGAACCAGGAGAAAUGCUACCGCCAGCACCGCAAGGGAGCGUGGCCUUUCAGCAACAAAACGCAGGGGUACACGGUCAGUGACUGCACGGCCGAGGGGUUGCGGUCCACGAUCCAACUGCAGGAGAUGCACGAUUUCCCCAAGCUGAUUUCGGAGGAGCGGUUGAAGGACAGCGUCGACUGCCUGCUGCUGAUGCAGAACCCGUCCGGUGGGUUCACCGAGUACGAGACCACCCGGGCGUCGCCCAAGGUCGAAUGGCUUAAUGCGGCCGAGGUGUUUGGCGGCAUCAUGAUCGGAUACGACUACCCGGAGUGCACGACCGCGUCGGUGACCGCGCUGUCCCUGUUCAGCAAAUAUUAUCCGGAUUACCGCGCCGCCGAGAUCAAGGCCGCCAAGGAGAAGGCCGUUCGGUACAUCAAGCGGGUGCAGCGCGCCGACGGCAGCUGGUACGGGUCAUGGGGCAUCUGCUUUACGUACGCAGCGAUGUUUGCACUGGAGAGUCUGGCCAGCAUCGGGGAGACGUACGAGACGAGCGCCGACUCCCGCCGCGGGUGCGAGUUCCUCAUCUCGAAGCAAAAGGAGGACGGCGGCUGGGGCGAGUCCUACCUGAGCAGCGAACGACACGUGUAUGUGCAGCACGAGCAGUCACAGGUCGUGCAGACGGCGUGGGCCGCGCUGGCGCUGAUGGAGGCCAAGUACCCGCACAAGGAGCCGCUGCGCAAGGCGAUGCAGCUGCUGAUGUCACGACAGCAGGCGAACGGCGAGUGGCUGCAGGAGGCGAUUGAGGGCGUGUUUAACCAGUCCUGCAUGAUCUCGUACCCCAAUUACAAGCUAUAUUGGCCAAUCCGGGCGUUGGGGCUGUAUGCCCGGCAGUUUGGCAACGAGGAACUGGCGUAA